GUCCUAACUCAUUUAGGUUUCAGGUUUGUCCCGUCCCUCAGGUCAGUCAACUAUCUUUAAUACCAAGACUUCGCUAAAUUUAGUCUAUACAUUCCAAUCCCAUUGUCUGGUCAAGAGCUAAGAGGAAUAAGAAUUGGGUCAUGGCCGGAGAUUUUAGCCGCAGGUCGCAGGAUUUCAUGGCUAUGUUAAGGAACCUAUCACGUGAAGAGAUUCUUGAUGUUUUGUCUGAAGGUUUAUGUCCGCACUGCGAAGAUGUUAUUGAGGCUCGUGUUUACAAUCUUCAUCAGAAAUUCUUGGAUGGAGAAUCAUCAGAUGAUGUAAUUUCACCAAAGAGAAGGCUGAAUUCUUAUGCUCAUACACUCAACUCUUGGCGUUCUCCGCAAGUUGUCGAAUCAACUUACUCAGGAAGGCCGAAGGUACUUGUUACACCUUCAUCGAUAAACAACAAACGACCAGUGUUCAAUCAUUCAAAUUAUGAGAUUCCACUAAGUGAUGGACUUAGUAGGUCAGUCGUAGGCAAUGGCUUAUCGGAGGAGCAGAAAGAGUUAAGUAGAUUUGGCCAAGUUGGUAGACGAAAGGAUUUUGUUUAUUAUGAGAAGGUCAAUGGAAAGGAGACAAAUAUACUUAAAGGGCUUGAGCUUCACACUCGGGUUUUCAAUCCUGAUGAGCAGAGGGAGAUAGUCGAAUUUGUUUAUACACUUCAGAGAAUGGGACAGAAAGGGCAGCUUAGAGCGCGAACAUAUUCUGAACCAAGAAAGUGGAUGAAAGGAAAGGGUCGUGUCACAAUGCAGUUUGGUUGUUGUUAUAAUUAUGCUGUGGACAAAGAUGGUAAUCCACCAGGCAUUAUUAGAGAUGGAGAAGUGGAUCCAUUGCCUCCUUUAUUCAAGAAAAUGAUUAGAAGGAUGGUUAGAUGGCAUGUUUUGCCUCCGACAUGUGUUCCCAAUAGUUGCAUUGUGAAUAUUUAUGACGAGGGUGAUUGCAUUCCUCCUCAUAUUGACCAUCACGACUUUGUUCGACCUUUCUGCACAGUAUCUUUCUUGGCAGAAUGUAAUAUACUCUUUGGCACAAGCUUAAAAAUUAUUAAUCCUGGAGAGUUCUCUGGUCCUUUCUCCUUACCUCUUCCUCUCGGGUCGGUGCUCAUUCUCAAUGGUAAUGGAGCUGAUAUUGCUAAACAUUGUGUGCCUAGCGUUCCAGCUAAAAGAAUAUCCAUCACUUUCCGUAAGAUGGAUGACAGAAAAUUGCCGUUUGCAUAUACUCCUGACCCUGAGCUUUCAGCAAUUGAGCCUUUUGUUCCUCCAUCAUCGGACAAGUCAAGAAUUCAGCACCACUUGAAAGAUGGUGGAAAUGACAACCAUGAUAAGUCAGAAUAUCGUGCAGAAAGUGGUAAUAAGGGCUUCUCCAAUGAAGAUGAGUUCCCUCCUCUGGGAAAAGGGAGUUCUUCCAACCGUAGAAGUCAGAGAUAAUUUUUGCAGCAAUUAUGAUGAAUACUACAUAGAACAUCAUUGUAACUUAUAAGCAUAACAUUUGUUGUAUGGUCAACGUCUUACCUUCGUCAUAAAAGUUUAUCUGUUGAAUCCUAAAUUUGAAGUUUGUAUUUAAUAAUAAUUAAGUUGUUUCUCAUAAAUGAUUGACUAGUUUGUUUGAGCCGAAAUAAACAUUCUAUUACUAGUGAAGCUUCUCCUAUGACCUCUCUCUCCCUCUCUCCUCAUAAGAGAGAAAAAACAUGCCUCUUUGAGAUAUUACUCAAAUGGACCUAUAUUUUGAUUAUGUCAUAUCAGUGCUUUGCAACAUACUAUGAUGCCCAAUAUCUGAUUGUAAAACCGCCUCAUUCCCAUACAUAUGAGAGGGUCCCUCCCCAAGCUAAUGCGGACAAUUGUUUAUUUGUAGUUCUAUCCGGACAAAUGUCGAGAGCCACCUUUCCUUCAGUAUGCUGUCUCAGUACCGCCUGAAGUGUUUACCUUUGCAUAUUCUGGGAGACAACAGGUUCAAAUUUGACAUGGAAAUGACGUUGUGUCUCAAUCUUCUGGAAGUUCUUUCCAAGGUGGAUGAGAGAGGCGUUUCUUUGCUAAUCAUUCUUGAGUACCCUUUGCUUCUUAGGAUGUAAGCAUAAAUGUACUGGCCUGCAUAUGUAUAAGGUCAUGUAGAUGCCAUGGACAUUGACCCAGAGAACGUGAACAGAUUCUUGGAUGCUUGUCAGGAACUAAAGGUUGGAUCAAUUUCCAAAUAUGAGUAUCUUGGCUUUUUUACUCCUUGCAGUCUGAAGCAUAAGUUGAUACUAUUAUUGUCUCUGUGCUAUCAGAGAUGAUUCCUAUGCUGUAUCUUUGAGUGUUGACAUUAUUGUUCGAGUUGGUAUAUCAGUCAUAGUUGUAUUUGGAGAACUUCUAAUUGUUUUGUGGUUAA